UAAGAAUACACCAUGCGUGGAAUCACCAUUCUAAUUGUUUCUCAUCGAAAGAUAAACAAAGAGAUGCAGGCUUACGAAUAACGUUGCAAUUAAUCGCCAAGUGAAACGCAGUCAUCAAUGUGUUUUGAUAUGUUGUUUCUACGUUUUUAUUUGAGUGCGAAUACAUGCGAAGUCGUUAAUAUAGUCGAUUAUAAUAUGCCAUAGAUCUUUGUUGGUUAUGUCUGAAUUUGAAUGACAAUAAACAUAAUAUUUUUUAUGUGCAGUUUAUAUACUUUAACAAUAUAUUUUUCGUAAAUUUACGAUAUAUAUAGUGUACAUCAAUCAGUUCAUAAUUAGCGUGUAUACAGCUGUGUUCAAUAUUUAACAUUUAUUUAUUUCAAUUUUUCUUUAUCUUGAAUAUAAAAUAUAAUUAUUAAAAAUAUGAAAAGACGUGGCUUUUAUUUUCAAUAUCUACAAGAUCCAUCUGUGCCUAUAUCAUAUACAACUGUUUAUAACCGUGUUACAAGAAAUGAGAAUGAAUUAUCAGCGGAUCAUCUGCAACUACAGGAAAAUGACAGAAAUGAUCAAAUUUUUAAUCUACAGCAGGAAAAUGAACAAUUAAAUAUGGAAAUAGAUGAGUUUUGUCAAGACAAUCUUUCUGAUAGACAGAUUUUAAAUCAAAACAGACUUGAAGAUGAACACGCCAACCAUGAUGAUGAUGAGAGUGCACAAGAUAUGCUAAAUCAAAUGGUUGUUGAUGAGCAAUAUGAAAAUAUAUUUUACGACGACAUUGAAAAUGAAGAAAAUGAAAAAAUUGAAGAAGAUGAGCCUCAAAUAAACGUUGAAUUACACGAAAAUCCUAAUAAUGUUUACGUUAUGAAUGAUCAUGAAGAUCGAAGAAAUGAGGAAAGAGUACCUAUUUAUCCAGGAGCUGCACUUACAAAAGAAGAAAGUAAUCUUCUUAUAAUAAGUUUCAUGAUUCGACAUAAUUUGUCAGAUGUUGCGUUAGAAGAUCUAUUGAAACUUAUUGAUUGUCAUAUUCCAAGAACACUGAACGUAUCAAAGUAUAAAUUCCUCAAAGAAUUUCCUGACACUGCACAUAUUAAAACAUUUUAUUAUUGUCCAGACUGCUUGAUUCUAUUAAAUUUUAGAAUUGCUCGAUGCAUAACAUGUACAUCUUGUCAUAAAACUUUUCUUCAGAAUUCUUUAAAACGAAAUGGACACUUUUUUUACAUAUACCUUUAAAGAAUCAAUUAAGUAGUUUAUUUU